AUGGAACUAGAUAUUGGCUGGUGUCUUAAUUGUAGUAAACAACUUUACGAUACAAAUGCACUAUAUUGCGGUUCAGAAUGUGCAAAUUUGGAGUAUUCGGGAAAAACAGUCCCUGUUAAUUCCACUUUGAGUCCACCUUCUUCACCUCCCAGUAAUUUGAGAUUUUCUAUUGCAAUCACACCAAAUAUUUAUCAUGCUUCCGAAUCUAACGCGAGAGCCCUUUCACCGCCUUCAUCAGCAUCCAGUUCCUACACUGAUUCCAAUCUUUCUUCCUCACUCACGAGCGUUUGUACUAUUGACAAAUGUUAUAUUGGCAUCAAUGGCCAAGACAAUGAUGAUGCCUUCUUUGAUGAUUACAAUCCUUGUUAUUACUCUACAAGUAAUCCUAUUGAUAUUCCAACAUCCAGAACAAAGGCCGAUUCUAAAAUGACCGAACAAGCCAAACCUGUUUUCGGAUUUGGUGAAGGAAGUUUCGGAAAAAAGAUUGAUUUCUAA